AUGCUCUUCCAUAGCCUCGUUACCCUGGCCACUCUGUUGGUCCUCGCAGUCACUGCGAGAGCCGCCCCCCACCCCCCAGAUUCCCAGCCCACAGGCCACCCCUGGCCGCGGCCGAACCAUGGCCUCCCUCCAUGUAACGAGGUGUACAGGCCCUGCAGAUGCCCACCUGGUACCACCUUCAAGAACCUCACUACGUUCGGCAUCAUCGGCGCCCCCGCCAUUGACGUGCAACGCGUCCUGGGAGAUUUCCCUAUCAGCGUGACGGGUGAUGGCCAUGUACCCGGUGCGACGCGCACGUUCAACUUCACGGUACCCAAUGCCGGGUCUUAUCUGUUUACUGAAGAGCUUGUAGAAUGGACGACCUCGCUUGACGGCUCGUUCACUCAAGUGUACCAACAGAGUCCGAAUCUACCCGUCGUCGAAGUCCCCGGCGGCGGAGGCAGCUUUAACGGCAUGUGGCAAAGCGUCACCGGACAGCAGACUGUCAUUGCAAAUGAAACCGCCAUCUCAUGGAAGAAUUGGCGCUGUGAUGUUGGGGAGCCAUUCCCGGCUGCGGCGUCGCACGAGAUUGGGAUCAUGAGGGCUUCCGAAAUACUCGAUGAAAUGGGGCUCCGGACUGGUGUUGAUAUUCCAGUAUUCAGCAUCUUUUAUGAGCCAGAGGCUCAGAAAGCCCUGUCCCAGUUCGCUGUGUAUCUGGGCUAA